CUUCGGACGUUGUCAAGUGAUAUCCUGGUACAAUAGAUUCCCACGACCCCACACCAGUGUCUACAGGACCAGGACAACGCCAGCGACUAACUCGGACAGCAACACCGUGAAAUGCUCAUGAUCGACGAGGCUAAGGAAGCUGAAAAUGUAAAAUUACUGACCGACAUGAUGGGCGACCAUGUCGAUCGCGAGGUCGCCCAGAGAGUACUCAGAAAAUACGAGGGAGACGUAGAGAAAGCGGCCUCGGCCAUGCUCGAGGGUGAGCGGGGAGAGGACAAUCAACUUUGGAGGUCAGUUUCGCAGAUGGAUGUUGUCAGCCAAAAGCAGCCUUCUGUCCCCUCUAUCGUGAGACCGAACACCCCUGUGGUCGAUCUGACAGGGGUCGACGACGAUAGCGAUCUUCAACGCGCGAUGAAGGAGUCGAUGAGCAUGAUACAGCAACCAGCCCCGGUCUUUGGGCCUAGUGAGCGACCCCCGGAUCCGAAUUGGGCGAUGGUGCAGUCUAAUCCAGAGAGCAACCAUGACGCCAAUUACCUACAAAACCUCGAACGCGCUAUCGAAGCGAGUCUGGAGCACAAUAACGUCAAUGAUUCUGACGCCUUGGAACCGUUUCCUAUCGAGCAGCAGCUGAGAAGAGAUGGGUGCCCUGUCGUGUUGCGGCCUUCGAUUCACACAAUGUGCUAUGCAGCAGCCAUUCUUCAGGGUUUGUUCUACGUGCCCCAAGUGAGGGAACGGAUGGCGUCCUGGCGACCAGCCGUGACUCCUGGAAUGGCGGAGGUCAACGUUCCUACGAGCGGUGCAGACUUUACUCUUUGGGCCCUCAGUGAAAUAUUCACUCAUAUGGACCUCGCCCGCCUGUGUGACCUCAAUGUCGAUAAGCACCUUUGUGCUUUUGACAUCGAACCUUGGACUAGCCUGGCGAACCCGCCAGGAGAGCUGUCACGGAAGUUCUACGCGAGGCUGGUGGCGAUCCUAGAGAAAUCAUUUGUGGACCAGUUCGUUCUUUGUGGCCAGCCUCCACCGAACUCACGCCUGUUCCAUUUUUUGUACGGUGACAAUGCCGGUGACCAUAUACAAGUGCAACAGGAGACAUCCCUUGUGCCAAUUGACAUCAACCCAGGCAAUAGCGGCAGCGACGCCAAUGAUUUGAUUGGACGCCUCUCGGCCCAGCUCUCCAAACCUCAGGACGCACCGGAGAAGCAAAGUGUCAUCGUUGAACCCUCAGAAGUGGUCGCCUUCCAAUUAUCUAAGCCCUCAUCAUCCUACCUGAACAGUACCGGCAUCAACACAACAGCGAAGCCGUUCGUGUAUCCGAGAUCCAUCUACCUUGACCAGUUCCUCAAAGAAAACGUUGAGCUUGCGGAGGCCAAACGUAGACAGCAGCACGAGAUGUUCUCGGACGUGCAAAAGCUUAUAUUGCAUAAGAAGUCCAUGACCCACUUUAACGGUAAAGAUACCUUGAAAGAUUUACGUUCAACCAUCUACUACUACGAGCGCGUUGCCGAUGAUAAAGGAGACCCAGAACGCGCUUCAUCUAUCAAGAUAACAACCGAAAAACUCAAGAGUAUUCUUGAGGCGGUUGAGUUAGAAAUCAAGGCCACCGAUCAAAUGAUACACAGGAUGCGGGAAGAAGCUUUGGCAUUACUUGAUUGUCCAGAGUUGAAACAAGUCAGGUACGACUUGCGAGUCGUGUUCAUGCAUGAUGGCCUUUAUGGUCGAAAGCAUCUCUAUUGCUAUGUCCGCGAUAAAGGUCAAUGGUGGAAGAUAGCGGAUUCUCUGAUCGAGCAGGUCACAGAAGAAUCCGUCCAAGGCGAUACCACCGGUUUGCAUCUCGGUGCUGGACCUUAUCUCCUACUCUACUCGAGAUAUCGGCCAGAUGAAAAUGAACGUCUCACCUCCUUGCCUUGGCCUCGGGAGAUUAAGGACGACGUGAAGGAGUGUAACAAAGCAUUUCUUGCUCAGCUGCCGCAAGAGCUCGUCAAGGACAUCAAGGAAGACCACUCGCCAUCUCCGCCGAAUGUCACAUUUCAACAGACUGUUCAAUUGACAGAUCUAGAGAGGCGGAAUGACGGGAUGGACACGUCGUGAGAAAAUCACAUACUCUCAACGAGGGUUUACUUUCCGCUGGUUCUCCUAUCUUUAAGCCAUCGCCAUCAUCUGUGAUACAUGUGGCACUGAUCUCUUGACCUCAAUUGCCCCAGUUGUAUCUAUCCUAGUGCAUUCCCCUGCUGGCACCCACAGCCUGGCGUACGUGGGGCCAACUAUGAUCAUAAUGAACUUAAUACCUUCCCAAUGGGGGUCGU